UUUUAUCUUGGUUUUCUCUCUCUCUCUCUCUCUCUCUCUCUCUCUCUCGUUACAGUCACCUUCAUCAGAGGAGAGCUUCAUUUCCAUGGCUUCAAAGAUCCGAAAAUGAAAAAUGAGAAAAGAAUGACAAUGAAAGUUGUUUCUUAGAGAGAAAUAUUUUUUUUGCUAUUACAGACGAAGCGAAUGCCUCAGAAGUGAAAUCCAUUCCUUAAUUCUUUCAGACUUUUGCUAUAAUCUAACUAGGAUAAUGUCUACCAUUGGGGCACCAUUCAACAAAAAUAAUCUACUUCUUGACGAUUCAGACGAUGAGUUUGGAGAGUUAUUAAUUUUGUUUGCUUGCGUGGAGUACAAUCAAUUAUAUCUAACUAAGGAACCGUGUAGAAAUUCGGCCCUUUCAGGACAUGAGUAUGUAAUGGAAGUGUUGCAUGGUCACGAUAGUAGGUGUUAUGAUUUAUUCAGAAUGGAUAAGGACGUCUUCAAACUAUUUUGUGGUGUUUUAAAAGAAAAAAAAUUAUUGAAGAACUCUCGCUAUCUUUCUGUUGAGGAACAAGUUGCUAUGUUCUUAUUUGUCAUUGGACAUAAUGAACGACAUCGUGUAGUUGCUGAACGAUUUCAACACUCCACCUCAACUACAUCUGAAUACUUUAGGAAAGUUUUGAAGGCGGUAUGUCGUUUAUCCAAAGAGUUAAUUACUCCACCUUUGUUUGAUGUAGUUCCUUCAGAAAUUCGAUUCAAUCCAAAAUAUUAUCCAUUUUUCAAGAAUUGUGUAGGAGCUAUAGAUGGGACCCAUAUCUCUGCUCAUGUUCCCAUUAAUGAACAAAUACCAUAUCGAGGUCGGAAGGUGGAUACAACUCAAAACGUCAUGUGUAUAUGUUCAUUUGACAUGAAGUUCACAUAUGUUGUAGCGGGAUGGGAAGGAUCAGCUAAUGAUGCACGAAUUCUUUCAGAAUGUGCCACAAACCCAGAUUAUGAAUUCCCAGCUCCACCCAAUGGAAAAUAUUAUCUUGUUGAUUCUGGAUAUACAAACAUGCCUGGUUUUCUUUCCCCAUAUCGAGGAGAAAGAUAUCAUUUGAAUCAAUAUGCAGAUCGUAAUCCUUCAGGAAAAAGGGAGUUGUUCAAUUAUCGACAUUCGUCUUUGAGAAAUGUCAUCGAGCGGUGCUUUGGCGUAUUGAAGGCUCGCUUUCCUAUUUUAAAGCAAAUGCCUUCCUAUGAUCUAAAAAUACAAAAGUACAUUGUGAUUGCUUGUUGUGGAAUUCAUAAUUUUAUAAGGACAAAUGCAGAAAAAGACGUAUAUUUUGAUGGAGACGAAGACAUUCCUGAAGUACAAGAUGCUACUAUACAAAGCACUCACGAAACUUUGAAUGAUAGUGUUGAGUUUAGCAUUUCAAGAGAUCAACUUCGUGAAAUGGCUAAUGUCCGUGAUGAAAUCGCUGAUCAUAUAUGGAGAGCAAAUCGACGAUGAAGAUAAUGAGUGAAGAUUAUUAACAAUUAGAACUUUUUUAAUAGUUUUCUUCAAGAUUAGACUAUUAUUAGUUCAUAUUUUAUUAUGAAUUUGUCGGUUUUGUGUUAUAGAUAAUGUGUUUCGUGAUUUUAAAUUACUUGAAUUUUUUAAAAUGUUAAUGAGUAUUUUUUAUUUGAUUU